UUAAGUGUUUGUGGACAAGUUAGGAGAGAUGAUUUCCCAGCUGAGUUUGUGUUUGGUGCUGCCUCCUCAGCUUAUCAGACAGAGGGUGCUGCAAAUAAAGAUGGAAGGACUCCUAGCAUAUGGGACACCUUUGCUCAUGCCGGGUACAUGAAAGGAGCUACGGGAGACAUCGCAUGUGAUGGAUAUCACAAAUACAAGGAAGAUGUCAAACUCAUGGUUGAAACAGGUUUAGAAGCAUAUAGAUUCUCUAUAUCAUGGUCAAGACUUAUCCCAAAUGGAAGAGGACCUAUCAAUCCAAAGGGUUUACAAUAUUACAACAAUUUUAUCAAUGAAUUAGUCAGUCAUGGAAUUCAACCACAUGUUACAUUGCAACAAUUUGAUCACCCACAGAUUCUUGAAGAUGAGUACGGAGGAUGGCUUAGUCGAAAGAUUGUGAAAGACUUCACAGAAUAUGCAGAUGUGUGCUUUAGAGAGUUUGGUGAUAGAGUUAAACAUUGGGCUACUAUAAAUGAGGCCAAUCUGUUUGUGUGGGCAGGUUAUGAUUGGGGAAAUCUACCACCACGACGAUGUUCGCAUCCAUAUGGUGACUGCUCUGAAGGCAACUCCACGACUGAGCCAUACAUUGCAGCUCAUCAUAUCUUGUUGGCACAUGCGUCGGCUUAUAGAUUGUAUGAAAAACACUACAAGGACAAGCAACACGGAUUUAUAGGAUUCAACAUCCUUACUUAUUGGUUUGUCCCUCUAACAAAGAGUCGAGAAGAUGAAAUUGCUACUAAAAGAGCAAAUGAAUUUAUUUUUGGUUGGUUUUUGGAUCCCUUGAUAUUUGGAGAUUACCCUGAUUUGAUGAAGAAGAAUGCUGGCUCAAGAAUUCCGGCCUUCACCAUCGAAGAAUCCGAAAGUGUUAGGGGUUCCUUUGACUUUAUAGGAGUGAAUUAUUACUUUACAUCGAACGUCAAGGACAUAUCCAACACCUUUCAGUUAGGAAACGGGGACGUUAUUGCAGACAUGGGAAUAGAAAUAAUUCUUCCGGAAUUGUCCUCGUCAAAAUUUGAGUUUUCAAUCACACCCUGGGGCCUGACUGGAGUUCUGCAGUAUAUAAAGCAGCAUUAUAAUAAUCCUCCUAUUUAUAUUCAUGAAAAUGGUCAAAGAACUCGGCGUAAUUCAAUAUUGACAGACUGGUCGAGGAUUGAAUACUUGCAGGCGCAUAUUUGGAGUGUAAUUGAUAAUAUAAGGAAUGGUUCGGACGUGAAAGGGUAUUUCGCAUGGUGCUUCAUGGAUUCUUUCGAGUUGUUGGACGGCUUUGAAUCCAGCUAUGGCUUGUACUACGUAGAUUUCGACGAUCCAGAAUUGAGAAGACAACCUAAGCUCUCUGCCCAUUGGUAUUCUCAUUUCUUGAAGAGAAAAGGCACCACCUUAGAUGGCAUUGUUCUUUCUCCACCUCGCGAUUACAUCUAA